AUGGAAAUUAAAGGAAUAGUCGGAUUGUUAAUUUUCUAUAUGUUACUAGAUUUAAUUUCUUUUCAAGCAUUAGCCAUUCCUAUUGCAAAAGACAACAUUUCUACAUAUAACUCAUCAAGUGCUCAUAAUAUUAAUCUCAAGACACGACAAGAUGUAGACUAUCGUGUUAUCCAGGUUCAAAUACCAAAGGAUGGUUACAAAUGUUUAGAAGUUGCUUCUUAUAAUUCUAACAAUGAAUCCGAUUUUGAACACGUAACCUUUUUUAUUGAUGGUUAUGAUCCUAAUCAUUACUUUAGCUUAGGAGACUCAAAGUAUGCGUAUACAGAUAGACUGUAUAGUUUUAGGGUUAGCAAAGAUUAUUUCAUCCCACCUGGUAGUGAUCAUGGUGUUUGUGAAGGUUCUAAUAUUCGGACAGAAGACUUAAAACCUGAUUUCUAUUUUAAAACGAAUUGGUGGGUGAGUGACUCUAAUUUCCAACCACGAUUGAAUAAUGAUUAUCGUAUUAUCAAGGUUCAAAUACCAGAAGGCAAUUAUCAAUGUUUAAGGGCUAUUUCUUACAGUCCUAAUGAUGACGACAAUGUAGAAAUAUACCGUUUUAUUGAUGGCUAUGAUUCUAAUCGUUACUACAGCUUAGGAAACUUAAUGUAUGCAUAUACAGAUAGACAUUAUUUUUUUAUGGUUGCCGAAGGAUAUUUCAUCCCACCUGGUGGCAAGCACGGUUAUUGUAGGGGUAGUAACAUGGAGACACAUUCAAAUUUAAAACUAGAUUUCUCUUUUGAGACGAAUUGGUGGAUGACUGCUUCCAAUUUCCGAAAUUAG